AUCGUGAAAAGUGAAACCCUAACUAAGUAUAGUAGUCUCUUCCACAGCCUAGAAAUGGCAAAUUCUGAAGGUAGAUACGAAGGGGAAGAUGAAGAUCAUAACGAUUUUGGAUCUUCUCCUCAGCCUAGAGUUGGAAACCAUGGUGGCGCCGACGACUACAUUGAUUCCAAGUCUCAGCAUUCUCGUGAUCAUGAAAAAGAAUCAUCAAAAAGCAGGGAUAAGGAUAGAGAGAAAUCCCGUGACAAGGACAGGGAGCGUGAUAAGGAUAGAGAAAGAAGCAGGGGGGAUAAGGACAGGGAUAGCAAUAGGGAAAGGGACCGUGGCGGUCGUCACCACAGAGAUCGAGAGAUGGAUCGUGAUCAUUACAGGGAGAGAGGUGACAGAAGAGAAAGGGGAAGAGAUAGAGGUGAGGAUGAUUAUCGUCGAAGUCGGGACUAUGACAGGCGCAGGGAUCAUGGGGAUAGAGAAGAGAGGACCAGACAUAGGUCUCGAUCCCGCUCUAAGGGCAGAUCAGAGCCCGAGUCAAGGUCACGUUCUCGUUCACAAUCGAAAAGUAACAGCAAAAGGGUCAGUGGAUUUGACAUGGCACCUCCAUCUGCUGCAAUAUUAGGUGCUGUUACUCCUCCAGGUCAAAUCCCUGGGUCAACCCCAAACUUUACUGGAAUGUUUCCUAAUAUGUUCCCAUUAGGAACUGGACAGAUGGGGGCUCUUCCUAUCAUGCCUGUUCAGGCAAUGACCCAACAGGCUACUAGACAUGCUAGGCGUGUGUAUGUUGGUGGGCUUCCUCCAUCUGCAAAUGAGCAGUCUGUGGCAAUAUAUUUCAGUCAUGUUAUGGCUGCAAUUGGAGGAAAUACAGCUGGACCAGGGGAUGCUGUGGUCAAUGUCUAUAUAAACCACGAGAAAAAGUUUGCGUUUGUGGAGAUGAGAUCUGUUGAGGAAGCAAGUAAUGCCAUGGCUUUAGAUGGUAUCAUUUUCGAGGGUGCCCCAGUGAAGGUGAGGAGACCGAGUGACUACAAUCCAUCUCUGGCUGCAACGCUGGGUCCAAGCCAACCGAAUCCGAAUCUAAACCUUGCUGCAGUUGGUCUGUCGCCAGGAUCUGCCGGUGGACUCGAAGGCCCAGAUCGAAUUUUUGUGGGUGGUCUUCCGUAUUAUUUUACCGAGUCACAGAUAAGGGAGCUGUUGGAGUCUUUUGGGCCGCUUAGAGGUUUUGAUCUAGUGAAGGACAGAGAGACUGGGAAUUCAAAGGGAUAUGCUUUCUGUAUUUAUCAGGAUCUUUCGGUGACUGAUAUUGCAUGUGCUGCUCUGAAUGGAAUUAAAAUGGGUGAUAAAACUCUUACUGUUAGACGUGCUAAUCAGACUACUAUGCAGCCUAAACCCGAGCAGGAGAGUAUAUUACUGCAUGCACAGCAACAGAUUGCAUUGCAGAAGCUUAUGCUUCAACCACCGGGUGUGUUGGCCACGAAGGUUGUAUGCUUAACUGAAGUUGUUACUCCAGAUGAGCUCAAUGAUGACGAGGAUUAUCAAGAUAUAGUUGAAGAUAUGAGAUUGGAGUGUGAAAAAUAUGGUACGUUGGUGAACAUUGUGAUUCCGCGGCCUAAUCCUAGUGGGGAAGCGAGUCCAGGGCUGGGGAAGGUGUUUUUGGAGUAUGCUGAUACUGAAAGUGCGUCAAAAGCGCGGGAAUCUUUGCACGGAAGGAAGUUUUCAGGUAACCAAGUUGUGGCUGUUUAUUAUCCAGAGAAUAAGUUUUCUCAGGGGGAAUAUGAUGGUUAGUUAAUUAAAUGUAGUAAAAUAGUAUUAAGUGGUAGUGGUUACUAAGUAGUGUGGUGCUGUUAUAAAGCUACUUACUACAACACUGUCUAUCAUCAUCCUUUGUUUGUUUGUUUGUUUGUGUCGAAACUGUGUAAUGAAUAAUCAUUUCUUUGAGUUUUAGCAGCAACUAGUACUGUACUGUGUUUGGAUAAUUCUCGGUGCAUUUUUGUUCUACUUAA